AUGAACCAUCCAACGCUGAGGUUGACACCAUCCAAUUCGCCCUUCUUCAGAAAUGCAGCGCCACGUUCGCCCACCAAGGCUCCGCGGGAGGAAGAACCUGGAUUGAGUCUAAGCAGAGCUAUCGGCUCGACGACAGCAUCUUGUAAUGGCUUCGACUGCAACUCUUCUGAGCGCACCUUUGUAUAUGCUGCUGGAGCCGUCGCGGUAGUCUGCCAGCUAAGCGAAGACUUGAAGAUCUCUCAAAGAUUCUUCAAAGCCAAGCCCACAUACGCUGCACCUGCUCGCGAGUCUAGUCUAUCGUCCUUGAACAGCCCUACACCAAUUGAGGCGCGUACCAGGACUCUUGGGCACGCGAGGGAGAAUAGUACUACUGGAUCUCCACUUGCCUCAAGCAGAGACUGGUCCGACUCUCCAAAUGGCCGAAGUGCUACAGCCAAAGACCGGGUAAAGACCAUCACUUCUGUCGCCCUUAGCCCGAAUGGAAAGUGGCUCGCCGUCGGAGAGACAGGCUACAAGCCUCGGAUCCUGCUCUUCUCGUUGGUCGAGAGUGCUGCAGACUUACCCGUCACCAUAAUCUCGGAACACACCUUCGGAGUGCAUGCCUUGUCGUUCAGUCCCGACUCUCGAUAUCUGGCAUCGUUGGGUAAUGUCAACGAUGGUUUUCUGUAUAUCUGGUCGGUUGACGACCGUGGAUCGCCCAUCCUGCAUGCAAGCAACAAGUGCACAGUCCUGGUCAAUGCAAUGGCAUGGCUUGGUCGCUCGCUCGUCACUGUUGGCUUGCGCUUUGUCAAAGUUUGGCGACCGGACGAGACUCCAGGCUCCGAGGUCAAACGAAGCGAGUCAAUGCUAUAUCCAGGAACUCCUCGUCAACGGGCGGACAAUCGCAGUGGCGACUUUGGCAACAGUAUCCUAAGCCCGAGAAAUCGUGUGCUUAGUGGUAAGAACGUCUUGCUUAGCGAUAUGCUUGACUGCAAUUUUGUCUCCCUUGCUGUUUUGAACAGUGCACAAGCGGCAGUAUGCGCGGUCAGUGGCGAGAUAUGCUUACUCGAUGACGUGGACGACACACAGAGCCUGAGAGAGAUUGCGACAGCCCCUUUUGCUGUUACUGCCGCGACUCUGAACCGCACUGGCGGACUACGUGUGAUGGGUGCCGGCGGCAGUGCUGUAGAAGUUGAUACGACCUGGUUCCACGACCCGAUCGAAGUGCAGACGCUCAAACAAGCAGCCUGUGCUUCCCCAACGCUCGCAACGGAGAAACCCACAACUUACAUCGUGUCCGCUGCACGGAUCAAAGCAAACUUGGUCACACUUGACUCAUCUGGCACUAUUGAGGUUCGUUCUGAUGAAGACACUACAAUUCGGAAGGCUGGUCAUGGCGAGGCGCUUGCUGGUGUGGUACCUGUCAAAGGGCCCGAGAAUUCGACAGCUAGCUUCCUUACGUUCUCUGCAGAAGGCAGCCUCCAGAUUUGGAAUACUGAGGGAAAUCUAAUCAACCACUUUAACGCGCCACUGCCAGAAGCGCGCGACCUGGAUGGUGUAGUAGACAGCAUUUCGGCUGUGGAAUCUCUCGCUCGAGGCUCCAUGGUGGUAUGUGGUAGCAGGACAGGGGUUCUGAGCGUCGUGAACAUCCAGGCGGGUAGUGUAUCUGCGCACCUCCGUGCUCACUCUUCUGAAAUCGCAGACAUCUGCUGUUUCAAGCGUGACGAUGUUGAUCUACUUGCUACCGCUGGCCGUGAUCGAGUUGCGCAGCUCUUCCUCUGGAGGGAUGACAAGCUUGAACUCUUGCAAACCAUGGACGAGCAUGCAGCAGCUGUUACAGGGCUGCUAGUUGUACGUGAUGGCAACAGGCUCUUGUCAAGCUCAUCCGACCGAUCUGUCGUGGUCCGAGAGGCGUGGCAGAGGGACGAAGCUGAUCCACUAUCAAUUCUCUAUGUCAUCGUCCGUACUAUCACCUUCAAAGCCGCGCCAACCGCGAUGUGUCUCGGCGGCGACGAUGACUCACUACUCGUGGCAACGACAGAUCGCACUAUUUCUCGCUACAGCAUCAGCAAUGGACAAGCAAUGCAGGUUUUCAAAUGCUCCGAUGCAGAAAACGGAGAAGCAGCGAUAAUGUCGAAACUCAUCUUCGCACCUUCGUUGAGCGGGACGAAUGUCAUCAUUGGAAUCUCUAGCAGCGACAAGUCUGUGCGUAUGUACUCAGAGCGUGGCAUUCUACUGGGUCGAGACUGGGGUCAUACUGAAGGUGUCACCGGACUCGCCAUGGUUCAGGCCAGUAGUACUCGAGGUGAGGCGGAUGACGCUUGGCGAUUGGUCACUGUUGCAGCCGACUCGACGAUCUUCGUAUGGGAUCCCACUGCCACGAUAGCUCCAAGAUCUCGCGAUAAUGACAGAGUGGCCGAGUUGACAUCCUUCACGAAACUCGCCACGACAGCUCAGCCUCUACGUAAGGUCAUUUCCUACUCGGAACUCGCUCGCUUUCGUCGUGAAAGCUCACUAGAGGAUGCGGAUCCGAGCUCCCCAAUUCCUUUACAGACUCCGACAAAUGCGUCGCCUACACGGCUUCGCAAGAAGCCUUCCAGGAUGUCCAAUGCACAGGCACCGAAGCUCGAGCCGGCGUUCAGAUCUAGUGUAGCUGACUUCUCAUCCCGGUCCUCGAGAAGACAGAGCUUGAGGCAGAGGUCACCCUCUCCUCCAAGUCCCAGGAACAUAACCAAAAGGCAAGACAUCCGUCGACCCUCGCUAGGCAUGUCUCCCAGGUCCAAAAGCAGCGAGAAUGUUCGAAAUACAGUCGCACCGUCAACGAUCAACACAGGCUUUGGCAGCCUUACAGCAUCUACCGAAUCUGCUUCUCGGACACUACGGGCAUAUCGAAAGAAGCUAGCAGGUACGCAGCCUGGUGAAGGCAUUGCGCCUGAAGCCUUGCAGGAGCUGGAGAAGGAGCUCAAGCUUACGGCAAAAGUGCUCGGCGAACGAUCACAGGGUAAAACGAUCAACGAGGCCACGAUGGCACGAUUGCUUGACCAGACCAGCGAGAAGAUUGUCGGCAUGCUCGAUGAUCGCAUCAAAGAGCGAGUCGAAAGUGAGCUGCGGAAGAGUGCAGAAGGUUCGCCUACAGGAGUGCGGGAUCCGCGAGGUUCGCUUGACAGUGCAUGCCAUGACACGGAUGCUCUAGCAGGUGCGGUGGAAGGCAUGAAUUUGAAGGGCUGA